GUUCUCUCACUUCGAAAUCGACGACAGUUGAUCGCCGCCGUCCUUUUUACAGCUUCCUCUCUAAUAAACCCUAAAAUCGCCGCCGAAGCUUAAACCUUUUUACCAGAGUUUCAAGCUUUUCACCGGGAAAGAUGCAGCACGAUGAGGUUAUAUGGCAGGUCAUUAGGCACAAGCACUGCAGUUACAUGGCCAAAAUCGAAACUGGAAUCUUCUGUAGAAACCAAUAUAAUGUAACGGGAAUCUGUAAUCGAAGCUCUUGUCCUCUUGCUAAUAGCAGAUACGCUACUAUCAGAGACCAUGAUGGAGUGUUUUAUUUAUAUAUGAAGACUAUUGAGAGAGCUCACAUGCCAAAGAACUUGUGGGAGAGAAUUAAGCUGCCUAGAAACUAUGAACAGGCUCUUGAAAUGAUUGAUAAACACUUGUUGUACUGGCCCAAGUUGUUGCAGCAUAAGGUUAAACAAAGGCUGACUAAAAUGACUCAGAUGCGUAUUCGUAUGAGAAAACUUGCUCUGAAAACAAGGGAGGUCAUAAUCCCUACGCCUAGGAGGGAUAUAAAGAGGGAGCAGAGGAGAGAGGUCAAGGCUGAAAAAGCAGCUUUGUUGGAUAAGGCUAUUGAAACCGAGUUGUUAACUCGUUUGAAGACAGGCAUCUAUAAUGACAUAUACAAUUACCCUGAAUCUCUAUUUAACAAAAUUCUUGAUGAUGGAAAGAAAAUUGUAAACGAGGUUGAAGAAGAAGACAAAGAGGUUGGAGUGAUUGAAUAUGUUGAAGGCGAUGAUGACGAACUCGAGGAGGAGAUGGAAGAUAUGGAAGACUUUUCUGGUUUUCCAUCUAAGGAGUCUUACCUUGAAGACUCAGAUGAAGAGGAUGAAGAUGAUGCUGAGGAGCAAGUUGUGAUUCAUAAAAAGGGAAGAGCUUUAAAGAAGUCGGAUGAUAACGGAAAAUCAAAGAAGAAAUCAAGAGUAGUUGUCGAGGUUGAGGAAGAAGAUGGAGGCACAAGGGCCCUAAAAAGCCUCAAACUCUGAGACAGAUAAGUGAAAGUUUUUGAUACUUUUUGAUUAAAAGGGUAAAACUUUCUUCUUCAGUAGUUGUGAGAGGCCUUCGGUUUUGUUGUAGAAUUUUUCUACUUUCAUCUUGUAAAAGCUUUUAGUAUGUUCGUCUGACAUUGAAAUUAUGAAACCAUUUAUUUUCAAGUUACAAGAUUUUGUUUUGAUAUUGUUUACUGAAAACGGGGAAACAAGAGGCCUUUGUAUGAA